UCCCUCCAGUCGUCGCCACUGCCACCCUGUCAGACAGUUCCCGCCCGGCGUCAUGGCCAGGCCGCCGGGGCAUCAGCUGGCAUUUUGUCUAUCGAUAUUUGUGUUGGUGAUGAUUUUGAACUCUUGCGAGUCCCUUCAACCGAGAGCCCCCAACUUCCAAUACUUUGAAAGGCCGAAGUACAGGUACCCCUAUUACGAUGAGAACGGCAAGGGGAAGCUACUGUACGGCUACGGUGGUUCAGAUCUCUAUCAGUACAAGUCCUACUCUCCUCUCGAGGGGAUACACUAACUUCCCUUAGCACAUAGAGUAUAAACUUCACUAUCAUUAGAGCAUAGAGUAAGGUGAGCCAGGUGGAAACAUGUUACCAAUUUGAACAAUCAGUUGUAUCACUAAUCCAGUCUGGAUUGCACUACUUUUUUUAUGCUGUAGUUUUUCACUAUAAUUCCUAUGCAUAUUUGUCCCACUGUAAUAUAAUACUCUUACUGACUAACCCUUGACAAAUAAUAGUUCAAUACUUGACACCAACCAUGUAUAGAAUGUAGUCUGUACGGAAUCUGUAUGUUUAAUUUAGAUUUAAUCAUAAUUUUCAAGCAGUACAAAUAUUUCCAUUUUAGUUAAACACUGUUUAGUAGUAUAUUCUAUACUUUAAAUGUGUAUGGGUUAAACCACAAUAUUAUACAUUUUAGCUUUUUAUUUCAAUACUUAUUUGACUGUUUCAAAAUGUUAUAAGAAUGCACAAUAGUGACAUGUGUAUUUGUUAUCUUACUCAAGUCAUAAUUCAGUCAUUCAUUUAUUAACCUAUUACCUAUGUGUUGUUUUUUCACACCAUCAAUCCUAGAUGAGUAACCAUAUUUAAGCUCCAUUACUUACUAAAACUUCACCAUCAUUCCUCAAUUGCUAAUUAAUUAUUCAUCCAACAUGAAGUAGAAUGAAACCAACAAGAGUUGAAUAAUUACUUGAAAUUCUAUUCAGCACAACCUUUCAUCCAAUUUAAAAUCUUCUUUUAUAUAAAAAUGUUGUGGUGAAUUCCAGACUGGUUACACUAUUGUUCGUUAGAGUUAAGAACCAUUAAUAAACUAACCUAUACAAUAUUUUCGAAUUUCCGUGGUGUAUGUCCGCUACCAGGCUUCAACCUGUCUACUCUGCUUCUCUAUGUUAUGGGAACUUUUUUGUCCUAUUUAUUAUUUUUGUUUUGUUUUUAAUCUAUAAUUGAGUUAAACAGUACUUAAAAGUGCUCUUAAAAUAAUGAAACAUUGGUGUUUCAAUCUAUUUUGUAUUGUAUAUAUGUAAUGUGUUUGAAAAUAAUAUAUAUUUUGUGUUUCUUA